AGCUCUGCCAGAACGCCCCUGAGACCUUUCUGGAGGCCUCCAAGCUGCUCCUCACCUACGCCGACAACAUCCUCAGAAAUCCUGAUGAUGAAAAAUACAGAUCUAUUCGGAUUGGAAACACAGCUUUUUCCACUAGACUCUUGCCUGUCAGAGGAGCUGUUGAAUGUUUAUUUGAAAUGGGCUUUGAAGAGGGAGAAACACAUCUUAUCUUCCCUAAAAAAGCUUCAGUGGAGCAGUUGCAAAAAAUUCGUGACCUGAUUGCCAUGGAGAGAAGUAGUAGGUUGGAUGGAUCAAAUAAGAGCCAUAAAGUAGAAUCAUCUCAGCAACCUAGAUCCAGUACCCAACUUGCUACAGCACAGUCUUCAGAUUCCAGUGGCUUAACUCAGUAUACAGGGAACCAUCAAGCGCAGUUAAAUCCACCUUCUGCUCCAAAGGUUACAGCUGAUGCAACCAUUCUGAAAGUUCUUCAGUCCAACAUUCAGCAUGUGCUGCUCUAUGAAAAUCCCAUUCUUCAGGAGAAAGCAUUGACUUGUAUUCCAGUCAAAGAAUUAAAAAGGAAAUCACAAGAAAAGUUAUCCAGAGCUAGAAGUUUGGAUAAAGGUGCCAAUAUAAGUGAUGAGGAUUUUCUUUUGCUGGAGCUUUUGCACUGGUUUAAGGAGGAAUUUUUUCAUUGGGUAAAUGACAUUUCAUGCACCAAAUGUGGUGGAAAGACUAGAUCUAAAGAUAAGUCAUUAUUACCCAAUGAGGAGGAGCUAAAGUGGGGUGCACACCUUGUAGAAGAUCAUUACUGUGAUACAUGUCAGCUCAACAAUCGAUUCCCAAGAUAUAACAACCCUGAGAAACUUCUGGAGACAAGAUGUGGACGAUGUGGCGAGUGGGCCAAUUGUUUCACACUGUGCUGCCGAGCUUUAGGGUUUGAGGCUCGCUAUGUUUGGGAUUACACAGACCAUGUUUGGACAGAAGUCUAUUCUCCUUCUCAGCAGCGGUGGCUGCACUGUGAUGCAUGUGAAGAUGUCUGUGACAAACCACUCCUUUAUGAAAUAGGAUGGGGCAAGAAGCUUUCCUAUAUCAUAGCAUUUUCUAAAGAUGAGGUAGUUGAUGUCACUUGGAGAUAUUCUUGUAAGCAUGAAGAGGUGAUCUCCAGAAGAACUGCAAUAACAGAAGAAUUACUUCGUGAGACUAUUAAUGGGCUUAAUAAGCAGAGACAACUAUCUUUAUCAGAAAGUAGAAGAAAAGAACUUCUGCAGAGGAUAAUUGUGGAACUUGUUGAAUUUAUAUCUCCCAAAACCCCUAAACCUGGAGAACUUGGUGGAAGAAUAUCUGGGUCAUUGGCUUGGAGAGUAGCUCGAGGUGAAGUGGGUCUAGAGAGAAAGGAAAUCCUGCUCAUUCCCUCUGAAAAUGAGAAGAUUUCUAAACAGCUGUACCUUUGUUACAAUAUUGUGAAAGAUCAUUAUGUCCGAGUUUCAAGUAACAAUCAAACCAUUUCUGGAUGGGAGAAUGGAGUGCGGAAAAAGGAACCCAUAUUCAGAAAAGUUGAGACAGACUGGAACAUGGUGUAUUUAGCUCGAAAAGAAGGAUCAUCUUUUGCUUAUAUUUCUUGGAAGUUUGAGUGUGGAUCAGUUGGCCUAAAAAUAGAGAGCAUUUCCAUUCAAACAAGUAGUCAAACUUUUCAGACAGGAAUAAUAAAUUGGAAAUUGCGAUCUGAUACAGCACAAGUAGAACUGACAGGCGAUAAAAAUCUUCGUUCCUACCAUGACUUUUCUGGUGCCACUGAAGUUAUUUUGGAAGCAGAGUUAAGCAAAGGAGAUGGUGAUGCUGCUUGGCAACAUACCCAGCUGUUUAGACAAAGCCUAAAUGACCUUGAAGAAAAUUGUUUGGAGAUAAUUAUAAAAUUUAGUGAUCUCUGAGAACCUGAACAUUAUAGAAAAGCUGGUAAUAAUCAAGGACUUACUGUGGUCUAAAGUAGUCCUUUGGUUCAGUGCAUGCUUAGUUGGCAAUUUACUACUCAGUGCUAGCAUAUUUUGCUGGCUCUCCAUCAUGUAACCUUCAUUAAAUUAUAUCUUUAUAAUGUGGACUGUGAUGACAUCUUGAAUUAAAAGCUCUGUUCUAUGUGUAACUAAUUCAGCACCCAAUCUUGUCUCUGGGAGAGUUUAAUCAAAAUACUGUAAGUGUAGUGUCAAAAGAAAAAUGAAGAUAUUCAUGCUUUAAUGCUAUUCAUGAUUUUAAGAAAAUCUUGGGCUAAUAGUAAUUUAAUCUUUUCUCAUCAGCCAUUAGUUUCUUUACAAGUGGUCAAGUCAGAUUUUCUUAAGAGUCUUAAGUUUUAAUAAUUGUGAAAGUGCAGUAUCUCCUAAGUCAUAUGAUACAUCUAAAUUUUUAUGAUUGUAAAUAUGUAGGCAUUUAAGAAAUAAAAUUAUUUUGCUUUACAU